AUGGAACACCUUCCAUUGAAUGCUGAUAAUCUCAUCAGAAUCUUAACCAUCGUUUCAGGCUCCAGCAGAGACGCCACUGUCAAGUUAUCCGAAAAUCAAUUGGCCACCUGGAGAAUCACCCCAGGGUUUUAUUCUUCUUUGCAGGACAUUUUCUUGAAUUCUACUCUCCCCCAAAAUAUCAAAUCGUUGAGCAUAAUCGAAUUCAAAAAUGGUGUUGAGAAAUACUGGAAAACUUCAAGCAUUAAUUCCAUUCCUCCCAAUGAAAAAAAGAUCAUCAAAUCGAGACUAUUCAAUAACUUGAACUCAAACCAGUCAAAUCUAUUCUUAUUAAAUUUAAGUUAUUCUAUUUCAAAAAUCUCAAGAUACGAAUUUCCUAAAAAUUGGCCCGAUUUAUUUAACAAAAUUCAAGAUAUCCUAAUAACAUCCUUAAAUGACGUCGAAAAUAACGUCAAUAACCAAUACCAAUUUUACAACAUUCUAAUCGUUUUAAAUCAAAUAAUCAAAAUCUUAAAUUCCGUAAAGAUUGGCUUAAUAAAACCAACUUUAGCUGUAAAAAUUCAAAUAAUCACUCCAAUCCUAAUCAAAUCUUAUUUCAGUCUAUUCAAUAAAUGGUUCCAAUUAUUCAACCAAAACCAAAGCCAAAGCCAAAAUCAAAGUUUUUUGCUACUACUUAAAUCCAACUACAUUAACUUGAAAAUCUUGAGAAGAAUUAUCGUUGAUACGUUGCCACAUCCGAAUAAAGACCAGCUAAUUAUAGAAUUUUUCAAUAACUCUUUAAACCACUUGCAAUCCCUAUUAACUUUAAACUUGGAUUACAACUCAAUCAACAUAAAUAACCCAAAUGAUUUCGAAUUAAAUGAAUUGAUUUCAAAGUUCAUCAAAUGCUACAUUAAAUUAUACCAUAAUUUAAUACUUAGAAACCCAACUGCCUUCAUCUUAUUUCCAAACUCAAUUAAUAUUUUAAUAACUAUACUAAACAUUCUAAAGGAUAAAUCAUCCCAAAUAAUUAACUUAAUUGAUAAUAAUAACAACAACAACAAUAACAAUAAUACUGAUGAUUUUGAUGUCGAUGAAUCACCUAACAACUUUUGGGAAAUUAUUGCAAUUAAAUCAAUCCUAAGUCUAAAAAGAUUAUUGGCCUUUAUCCAUAGAAAAUUAGCCUCGCAAUCAAAGAAAUCAUUACUAAAUGACUCGUCAACAAAUUCUUCUUCAACGAGCUUAGUCAUUAACCAAGUCAAUCAAAAAGAUGAAAUUGAUUUGGCAAUACAUAUCUUAAUUGGUCAAUUCUUCACUGAUGACUUGAUUGUUAAUAUAUUUAAUUUGAUUAUUUAUAAUUAUUUCAAAUUAUCUAUAAAUGACCUAAAAAAUUGGCAAAACAACCCGGAAUAUUUCGUCAACCAACAAAUAUCUUUUAAUUGGGAAUUCCAAAUUAAACCUUGCGUUGAAAAUUUCUUUAUCGAUUUAAUUUAUAACUUUAAACAAUUAUUAACUCCCUUAAUUUUAAAUUAUUUUAAUUCAAAUAAUAACCUUUUACUAUCUUUUAAUCUUAAUAACAAUUCCAAUACUACAAUGCUCGAUUUAGUUCUUGAAAAGGACUCAAUAUUAACUUUAUUACAAUUAUCAUCAACCAUUUUAAUCGACUACAUCGACUUUAAGGACAUUGUAAUCAAUAUCCUAUUGCCAAUUAUUUCCAAUAACAAAUUUAUAGAAAUCAAAAUUCUCAAAAGAAGAAUCAUUUUAAUUCUCGGUAGUUGGUUUACUCAUUUAAGAAAACUCUCAAACAAUAACGCUUUAAAUAUCUUUCAAAUUUUAAAUCUUUGUUUACUAGAUAACUCAGUUAAUGAUAAAGUUAUGAAAUUGACUACAAUUCAAACUUUGAACUGUAUUUUAAAUGACAAAAAAUUCAAUGACUAUAAAUUUCAAUUUAAAGAAUAUUCGAUUGACUUUUUAAAAAAAAUUAUCAAUAUUCUUAGUUCAAAUGAAUUCAAAAAUAUUGAAACUAAUUUAUAUAUUUUAAAUACCUUAUCGUUGAUAAUUGAAAAAAAUAUUCCAAAUCUUGAUUCAACUUUUAUUUUAAAUGAAAUUAUUCUAAAUUUUAUACCAAAGUAUUGGGAUUACUCAAAUAUAAAUAAUAUUGAUAUUUUAAAAAAUUCAUUGAUUAGACUACUAAAAUUCUCAAUUAUUUCAAUUAAUAAUUCCAAAAACUCAUUUUCAAUCUCCUUGCCGUUAAUCAAAUUAAGUUGUCAAACUAAUUAUUUAAUGGACGAUGGAUUUGAAUUAUUCGAGACUAUCUUGAAAUACUAUCCCGAUAUUAUCAAUAAUGAAAUCAACCAUGAAGUAUUUGAUGAAGAACUUAUUAAAAUGAUCCCACUUGUCUUUGAAGGGGUAUUGAAUUUCACAGAAAAUUUGUUAUUAAUGUUAGCAAUAAUUAGAAGUUAUAUUAUCAUUUUACCUUUAGAUAUCUUUUAUAAAAUUGAUGGAAAUUUAAAUCUACUUUUAAUUUUUGAAAAUUAUUUAUUUAAUGUUAAAGAUGAAAUAUUGGAAAUAAUUGUAUCAAUUUUAGAUAUAUUCUUCUUGAAAGUAUAUAAAAUAAAUGAUAACAACAAUGAAAAUAAAUUAAUUAUUGAAAAUUUAAUUAGUAGUGGAUUAAUUAGUGCAAUACUAAGAUUUUUGUUGGAAGAAAAUCAAUCACCUAUCUAUCUUGGUAAGAUGUUCAUAAUACUAGCAAGAAUUAUUUAUAUUGACGAUGGAAUUCUAUUUAAAGUUUUGAAUUUAGAUGAGUUUAAUAAACUAAUUCAAUUAUGGAUGGACAAUUAUCAAUAUAUUUAUCUGGAUAACUAUCGAAACAAAAAAGUUGUUUUAAUUGGAAUUAGCUCGCUUUUAAGAAUUCCAACUAACUAUAUCAAUAACAACAGUGUUGAAAAUAACUAUGGUUCAAUGAUUCUCACUUAUCAAAAUCUCAGUUCUAUAAUUUUUACUGAAAAAAAUGUUGAUUUGACUUUUAAUUUCUGGGCAAGAUAUUUAGAAGAGAUAUCUGAAAAUUCCAAUGGGGAUUGUGAAAGAUACUAUAGCAAAAAGCAUUUCAAUUAUGAAGAGUACCAUUUAUUAGAUAAUUUGGACUUAAUUUUGGAUAACUCGUUACCGAAAAAUUCUGAAUUUAUUAGAUAUGAGUCGUUGUUGGUUGAAAAUGAUCCAAUUCAUAAGAUUCCAAUAAAGGUGUUCAUAAAAAAUAUCUUGAAUGAAAUUGAAGCUAAAGUAGGAGUUGAUGAGUAUGCCAAGCUAAUUAACCAUGUGGACACUACGGUUUUAGAGGAGUUACAAAUGUUGAUUCAUUGA